AUGGAGAACGAUGAGAUUUCAGAGAACGGUGAGCCGAGCAAUCAAGAACGUGACGGAGCAAGUAUCUACAGCAAUCAACAUGGUCAGUACGAUGGACAUAGCAGUAGCCAUGCAUUUCGUCAACUCCAACCACCAUCGAAUAAUCCAGGCAUUUUUGGUUCCCCAGAAUACUGGCAGUAUGGCAGCCGUAGCCAUCAUGACAUUGGUGGUCCGAUGAGGUCCAAUGCAUUCCCAUCAUCGUCUGCCAAUCCAUCCUUUUUUAGAAGCUCAACUAAUCAGUAUGGGUCGUAUAAUGAGCGCAUCAAUCAGGAUUUUGGCGGCCCGAUUAAUUCAUUUCAUCCUCAGUUCCAAUCAUCGGCAAACAGUCAGCCCAUUUAUGGAGGUACCAAUAAUUACUAUGGACGAUUUGAUGGCCGUAGCAGUCAUGGUAUUGGCAGUCCGAUAAACAGCCAUGGCAAUCAGUUUCAUUCACCCUUCAACAAUGCAUCCUGUUUUGGUGGCCCCAACAAUCAGUAUGGACACAACAACCGUGAUAAUGACAGCCAUUCAUUUCAUCAAUUCCAAACAUCUAACAAUCGAUUUAUGUUUGGCGGUCCCAGUGAUCAACACCGAGGUUCCCAUAACUACCAUGUUCGCGAUACGCAUGAUGCUGGUCAGUACAUGCCACUUAACAAUCAAACAAUUGAUGGAGCUGCCAGCUUUAACAAUCUCUCCGGUCAGUAUGAUGAACGCAAUAAAAACGGAACUAGCGAUUCGGUGAACACCAUUUCAUCAAGCCAAGGAGUCAGUCAUAGCACUAAUGCAAACGAACAAAUUACUGACGGAUCUACGAGGAUCGAGCAUGCAAAAUUGAAGAUAAAGAUUGCGGAGAUUUAUAAAGAAAAAGCUCUGAAACCUUUUACAGAGAACUCGUCGCGUUUUGAUGAAGAUGAAUGGCUCAAGGUUUGGUGUAUUUUUUCAAACGGACUGCGUUCAUACCAAUGCCAGAUGAUAUGUCCACUGUGUUUCAAAAAAGUGACACCACAGAAUCGUUCAGAGCCCGGUAGCUUACCUCGAUGGGAGCUAACAAUAGUAAAGGGCCAUUUGGAGCGCAUUCACGCUACAAAACCCAAACGAACAGCUGAAGCGAGUAAACACGGUGAUCAUGUACGAGAGGACGAAGAAAAAAAUGAGGAAGAGGGACAAAAAAAGAAUGGGAAAAAAACGGAAAUUGCAAAUGAGGAAGAGGCACAGAAGAUUGUCGAGGAAAGACAUCAAAAGACAUCCGAGGAAAAGGCGCAAGAGAAACAAGAGGAAGAAAUUGAGAAAUCGGUUACAGCUGAAUUGGAUUUGGUGUCGGAACCAGAGUCACUGAUUAAAACAUCUUCGAGCUCAUCCGAGUCAUCAUCGGAUGUAACGGAAUUGUCGUCGUCUGAUUCGGACGAUACCACUGUUUCUACACCGGAGCGCACCACGAAACGACGCAAAGGCACACGUAAACGACAACCAUCGAGCAAACGUGGCAAGGUUUCGUCAAAAAGCGGUAACUGUCUAUGA